UUUCUUCAUCACUUCUUUGGAUACAGCAGAGGAGCAGAACGUCUUGGAGAAAAUUCCUGUUUGCGCUUUUUUGUUUUUAACAGCGUUCCAGCCUAGACUGAGGGGAUGAGGUCUUGUCUUCUGCUUUGUGUCCUGUGCCUGAUGGUUGCUAAAGGCCUUUCCACAUCACCAUGUGUGUGUAAUGAUGGACCUCCAGGAUCACCUGGACCUAGUGGACCACCUGGAGCCCCUGGAUUCCCUGGAGUCCAAGGAUCAGAUGGAACGCCUGGAGCGCCUGGACGACCUGGACCAGUUAUAAUGUGUGGUAGAGAUGUCUUUGGAGCUAUUGCACAGGAUGUUGACACACUGAUGAAGACCACAGCUAAGUUUGAACUGGCUGCAAAUUUUGACUUUACACGGAGGGUUGGGCAGAAAUACUUUGUGUCCAACAAACUCAGAGGCUCCUUCCAGGAGGCCGUCGAGUUCUGCUCUCAACAAGGUUUAGAGCUGGCUUUACCCCACAAGGACCAGGAGAACCGCAUCCUGACUCAGCUGUUUGGUGACGUGGAUAACGUAGCCUGGAUCAACGUCAACAAUAGGGCAGUGGCCAACUUUCAAUCUGACAUGAAAAACCAGCGUCUCACCUUCACCAACUGGGAAGGAGGACAACCAGAUGAAUCCAUCCAGGAUACUGGCUGCACCACGCUGCUACACAAUGGCUACUGGCGAGUGACGCGCGACUGCUCCCUGAACGCUUACAUCAUCUGUCAAAUAUAGACCCCCAUGGAGUAACGUUAAGGACACAAAUCUUACUUUUCACUAAUUAGUGCCCCGGCUGCGCCAAGGGGCACGCCUCCUCCAUAGCUAUGCAAUAGCAAUGGAGGAGCAGUGCCUCUUGGCGCAGCCAGAGGCACUAUUGUUAUUGUGUGCGUUUCAUCUUAUUAUUCAUUUUCCGGACAAACUUUGGCGCGUAACUAGUCCCGCAGCUUUGAGAAAACACGAAAAGUAAAAACGUAGAAACGCGCGCCUUAAGCGGGAAUCGUGUGCUAUGACUUUUAUUAGCGAUUGGUGUGCACGUUUUUGCGCAACGUGCAAAAACAUGCGCUCUUAGCACCAUUCGGAACGCAUUGGGAGAACUUUGGGGCCUCACCACUCGCACACCGUUACUCGAAAAAUUCUGAACCGAUUUAGAAAGUUGUAGGCUAGGCCCUGAAUUUACCUACAGUCCUGUGGAUUUUCAGAGCGAUGGCACAAAUAGUUUUUGCACGAAGUUGGAAAUGUCCAAACUAAUGGGGAGAUUUUCCCAUGUAAGUGAAUGGGGCAGAAUGUCACACUGUGGGUGGAAGGAGGUUCGAAAAAACCCAAAAUUCACCUUUUUUCUGAGUCACGUAACUUUCUCAUACUUGCACGUAGAAACAGUUUUUUCCUAAAAAUGUACACUUUUCAAGAUAUGAGCCCUCAAGCGAGGACUGGAAAUCACUUUUUUGUCAAAUUUAGAGUGGAGCUCUCAUUUUUUAGAGUGGGAGGGACGGUAAAAAAAUGACCUUAAUUUUCAUUUGUAACUCAAGCUCACGGCCGAACCGUGAAAGUUAGAAAGAUAAUUUUUGGUCAGAAUGUAGACAUAGAUGUUGGGAUUCAUAAAAUGUGACUUUGACAGGCGGGUUAUGCACAAAAUUUAAACGGGGAAGGCUAAAGCGGCGCCAAUUCCUGCCUCGGCCUCCAUUCACUGUAAUGUAAUCAAAAGUUUUCUUCAAAAAAAUCUCACUUUGUCUCACUGCCGUUACUAACACAUUUUAAGGAAUAUCUGAAUAAAAUUAAGAUUGUCAGAAUCUGCCGGGUUCUGUGUCUCUCACGAUGUCUUUGUUUUUCUGCUAGGAGCUAUGGUUUUCUCACAAAUCAGAGUUAUUUGAGAACUUGUCA